ACUGGCUCUUUCUGCGGGUGCAAAUGCCCUUGUCAGUGGAGCUAGCUUUCUAGACAGACUAGAAUAACUAGUGAAGAGUGUUGUGUUCUGGACAUUUUCUUCCAUAAGUUCGUACUAUAUAACAUAUUAUUGAUUUUGAGACCAUGGCUGCCAAGAUUUUUUCUCUAGUCAAGUUUGCCACUAAAGUGACCAUUGCAGGAGGAGCCCUUUAUGUGGCGUAUGAUUCAAGACUGCUUGGAGGUAGCGAGGAGGGGUCUGUCGCCUUGGGCAGAGCUAAAGCCGCGAUCCCCCCUGCUGUCAAUGAGUGGAUGAAGUACUUUGGCUUUAAGCUUCCAGCCACACCCAAAAUAGAGUUCUCCCCACUGGAUGCAUGGAACUCCGGGGUCCAAAAGUCUAUCCACACCUUAUCAGUUGCUCCGUCCACAAUGACUGACUACACCAAGCAAAGCCUGCAAUACCUGAAAGAUCUCUCAAAAUGAGCAUUUAAUGCAUAACAGUUUGCAUAAGAUACAAUCGACAUAAAACUUCUCAUGAUGCAAUGGCUGAGAAGGCUGAUACACUUCAGGAAUCUCCAAGCAUAAGUUUGUCUCCCCAUGUAUUUAUAAGUUACUGAUGGAAUUCCAUUUAUACAGAGAAACAGAAAUGGAAGUCUGUUGAAUUCACAAUAUGAAGAUAUUUCAAUAAUACCAACAUUCACACCAAACUUCAUUUACACUCUGCCUUGUGGGGUUAAAGUAACAGAAAUAUACCUUUAGUGAAGCUCUGAGAUGAGUCCUAAUUUGAAGAUAGUAAUGUAAACAUGUUCUAUAUGUAUAUUGUUAUUUCAGCUUUUUUAUUUAUGUGGAAAAUCUCUUCGUCCUAGACAUGUCCAUCCAAACCCAUCUAACAUUCAUCUUUUAUACAGGAAUAAACUGAUCCCAAAUAA